GGCGGGGACGAGCGCGCCGACGCGGCGACCCGGGCGCGGAGCCCCUUUGUGUGGGGGCGGCUGCGCCGUGACCCGGCUGAACCCUCCUUUUGUCUCCGCUGAGGGGAGCGAGGCCGGAGUGAGGGCAGAAACGCGCGCGGCCGGACGUUGGCGGCGACGGGCUGCGGGGUCUGGGGCGGAGACCUGGCGGGCGGGCUCGCGGGCGGCGGCGUUGUUUCCUCGGCCGGCUGGCCGUCCUGCCUCUCCCGCUGGCGCGCCGCGGGGUCUGGCUCGCCUACUCCGGCUCUCGGCUCUUUUGGAAGUGGGAAGGAAGAAGAUCUGCCCUUCUAGUUUCCAAGUCUGAGGUGGUUCUGGAGAAAGAGAUGUUCAGGGCUUUGGCUGACUUGUUUCCCCGCUCGGGAGGCACCCCGAGGUAGCCAAAAGCCAGCAAAAUGUCACCAGUAGCACCGAGGUAAAAGUCCUGAGGAAUUAAUGGCUCUGAAAGAGGGAAUUGGGUGUGUGGAGAUUUGACAAGGGGAUUCUCAAAGGAAAGACACUGCUGAUCCUGUAACAUGGAGGAUUGUCUUCAUACCUCAUCUGAGAAUCUGUCCAAAUUGGUCAGCUGGGCCCACAGCCAUGGGACCAUUUGCAGCCUCAUUCCAAACCUGAAACACUUGCUGUCUGAAGGUUCCCAUGGGAACCUGACUGCAAUGUGGGGCUGUAGUGCUGGCCAUGCCUACCACUGGCCACUAACAGCUACCUGCAGAGCUGGAUCCCAAGAGAGGGUCUGUUUCCAAGACAACAGAAGUUUUAAUUCUGAUAGUCCCAGUAUAAUUGGGGUGCCUUCUGAGACACAGACUAGCCCUGUUGAAAGGUACCCUGGGAGACCAGUAAAAGCAAAGCUAGACUGUAACCGGACCAGAGACUCUUGUGACUUCUCUUACUGCAGCGAGCCCUCUGAACUAGAUGAAGCUGUAGAAGAGUAUGAAGAUGAAAACACCCUGUUUGACAUGGUUUGUGAAUCUUCUGUUACAGAUGAGGAUAGUGACUUUGAACCCCAAUCCCAAAGACCUCAAAGCAUCACUCGCAAAAGGCCAGGAGUAGUCCCAUCUUCCCUCCAUUCAGGCUCCCAGGUGCAGAUGGUUGAUGAAUGCAGCAAUGAUGUCAUCAUCAAGAAAAUCAAACAGGAGAUUCCAGAAGAUUAUUACAUUGUAGCAAAUGCAGAGCUCACAGGAGGGGUAGAUGGACCAGCCCUAUCCUUGACACAGAUGGCAAAACCUAAGCCUCAGACUCAUGCUGGUCCCUCUUGUAUAGGAUCUGCUAAGCUGAUUCCCCAUGUAUCAUCUGCUAUCAGCACGGAGCUAGACCCACAUGGUAUGUCUGCAUCCCCUUCUGUGAUCUCCAGACCAAUCAUCCCAAAGACUGCUAGGGUAUCUCUGGCCUCACCAAACAGAGGACCCCCUGGUGCCCAUGGCACCAACCAGCAGGCAGCCAUGCAGAUGCCUGUGAGCACAUCUCAUCCAAACAAACAGAUCAGUAUUCCUUUGUCUGCCCUGCAGCUGCCUGGACAGGAUGAGCAAGUUGCUUCUGAAGAGUUCCUAUCCCAUCUGCCCAGCCAGGUCUCAUCCUGUGAGGUAUCCCUUUCUCCCUCAGUGAACACAGAGCCAGAAGUGAGCUCCAGUCAGCAGCAGCCUCCAGUCGCUCCAACCAUAACAACUGAAGCCACAGCACAGUGCAUACCAGACCAGGAUGAAAGAGCAGCUGAGCUCAGCAGGGAGCAGAACGAGAAAACCAUCCGGAGCACGCAGACUGCGCUCCGAAAUUUCCGCGAGUUCCUCAUCUCCAAGUACCCUUCUGAAACAAGAGAAAUUUAUGUCAUCCCUUGCAAGGAGUUGGAUGCCUACCUUGCCUCUUUCUUUGUUGAUGCCAGGCAGAAGGAUGGGUCUGAGUACGAACCCAACAGCUUGGCAAAUUACCAGUGUGGGCUUGAACGAUACCUGAAAGAGCACAGGUAUGGCUACAGCAUCACCAGGGACAAGGAAUUCAAGCGUUCACAGGAGGCCCUGAAACAGAAGCAAAUUGAACUUCGAUGCAAAGGAAAAGGAAAUAAGCCACACAAGUCCAUGAAGCUCACCUUUGCCGAUGAGCUCAUCCUGCGGAAAAGGGGACUGCUAAGCCGAUACAAUCCUGAAGGUCUGCUCAACCUUGUCUGGCUCAACAACACAAAAGCUUUUGGGCACUGCACAGGCUUCCAUGGAUCUACCUUGAAAUGGGGUGACAUCCGACUCCGGGUAACAGAAACGGGGCUGGAGUACUUGGAGUGGAUGGGUCAAGACACUGGUGAUCUGAAUGCCAAAACCAAGAGAGGGGGGACGGACUCCCGUGUAUAUGCCACCCAGCAUGCCCCACAGACCUGUCCUGUACAGGACUAUAAGGAGUAUGCCCAGCGGCGGCCCCCUGCCAUGCGCUAUGAGGAUGCCCCUUUCUACUUGUCCAUCAAACCAGUUGUAAACUUGGCGGCUCUGCAUUGGUACAACUGCCAGGCUCUUGGCAAGAACAAGCUGGCCAAGAUGGUGAAGACCAUGUGUGAGAAGGGCAACAUCCCUGGCAGGAAAACCAACUUCAGUGUGUAUCAGAGCUGCAGCACCUUGUCCGAGGCCCAGAGCAACCAGCUGGUGCUUAUCUGUAACAACCUGAGCCAGCAGGCCGCCCAAUCAGUGGCCGGGCACUCCAACAGCGGCAAUUUCAUUGUCUCUGCCUCCUAUGACUCUUCCUCAGACACUGCUUGACCAGGUGGCUUGAGCAAGACCCCAGUUUGGUUACUGUGUCCCUAGAAACUGUGAUUAUACACUGCUUCUCAUUCACUCUCUGCCCUCAGUGUUAACUUUAUAAAAAUAUAUAUAAUAUAUUUUUCUUUUUGCAAAUAAGCCAAUGGAGAUAGUUUAGUAUUACUAACAUAGUAUUUAUAGGGUUAAGACAAAUGUCCUCGUGGGUGAUUACAUGUAAUUACUGUUACAGACUUUACAAAACCAUAGUGGUUCUCAGGCAACAGAGUAGAGAAAGAAUUCCGUUUUUAAAAUAUCAAAAAGGAAACUGAGUCAUUGUAGACACUGUGUCCUCAACUCCUGCUUUUCCUUCCUACCCUGCUUCUUACUUUUUGUCUCCUUCAUAAGUGGCUUUCUUUUUAAUUUUUAAAAUCUAUAUUAAGAGGGCCAGGGAUUUAGCUCAGUGGUUCCGGCGCCUUCCUCGAAAGCACAAGGUCUCGAGUUCAAUCCCCAGUACCAAAAAGAAAAAACAAAAUUGAUAAGAGCAGACAGUACUAACUUCACUGCUCACACAAAAGUAGUAUUUAGCCAGAUCAGAAUAUGAAAGUAUGGUAUAGGCUCAAAGUAUUUACAUUCUUUUUUUAAUUAGUUCCUGUGCCUCAUGUUUCGCAGUAUGAAUAUGCAGAUAUUUAGCUGACAUUUUCUCUUUCGGGGGAAGAAAAUAGAGGGAGAAAUAAAGGUGCCAUUCUUUUUGGAAGAUUUGUAAUUUUAAAAUAAUAUGCGAAGUCUAAUAUUGUGGCAAAAAGACUGUUACAUAGCUCAUUUUUACUGGUGUGCUUGGACACAGAAUAUUUUUUAGCCCUAAAAAUUGGUGUAAAUGAAAUUUUUAUUAUCAGUCACAAAAUGUUCUAAGACUACCAAAACUUUAAAAAUAUUCCGAAGCUUUAGAUUGUUUAUUAAGCAUAAAGAAAAGGUAGAGAACGAAAAGGUCUUACUAAAAAUCUAGAAGCAGUAGUUUAAGACAACAAAAAAGCAUUCUCUUCAAAGCUCAGAUCUUGUGAAUUAUUUAUUUAUAAGCUUUAAACUUCAGUCUCUUUUUCCCUAGGGAGGUUACUUGACUCUGCAGUUAAGAUCAAAGGAGUAUUGACACUAAUUUUAAGUAAUAUAUUUUGGUAACAGUUUUAGCUGAAUUCAAAGCAUUCUUGAAAAUAUGCAGGUUUCUUCUACAGGAAAUAAAAACACUUAUCUGAAGUAUUCUAUAAUUGUAGUGAUAAUUUUAAAAUUGGUUAAACAUUUGUGGCAGUUUUUCCAAGGUCUUUGUUUUCAAGUCUUAAAGGCUGUGAUGAAUUACUUUACUAGUUAAGACACUUCCAAAAUAAAAUAAAUUUAGACAUUAGACCUAUGGCAAAGCUGAGCUAGGAUCUAUCCUGUAUGAUCAUUAAUAUACAUAAACUCCAAAUCUUAAUUGGUUUUCUGGAUCUGGGCAUUCUGUUGGGAGGUAUUUUUCUUUAAAGCAAACUCAUAAUUCACAUUAUCUAGGAAGGUGGAUGGUAUUUUAUAUGUUAAUUUAUUGCAGGACUAGGAAAAAUUUAAUUCUGAGUUGCUUUGUCAUGCAGCUGAGCUGUCCCAUGGCAAGGCAUUUCUUUCCACCACUAAGUCCUAAGUACAUAAAGACAUUCCUCUGUGUGUUCUUGCAUUUGCACAGGAGCAGGAAGUCUGCCAUUGACUUUAUGUGGCGGAAUUAACUUCAUUUUUGUGACUUUUCUUCCAUAGAGAAGCAUCCAUUUGUGCAUCCAGAAACAAGAAGAAAGGGCAGAGCAUAAAUUUCUAUAUAUAUUAAUCCUUUUAAUAGCUUUGAAAAGAAAAUAAAUUAUCUCCAUUUUACAGUAAGAUCUUGAUAAAUCAGAUUAGAUCAUAGCCAAGGAAAUAGUAGUCUGCCAUCUUCAGAGCUUUUUUUCUUCCCCCUUUUCAGUACUACCCUAUAAUUAGUUUCCAGUGAUUUGAGCCAGAGAUGGGGGCAGUGUCUUUCCAUCUCUGCAGGUUGAUUAAAAGUAAUGCUGAGUGAUCUUUCAUGGCAGCACACUGUGUUCUCUACUCUCCCCUUCCCCCAUUUUAUUCAUUUGAAACUAGAGCCUCUUUUUCCAAGUUCUGUUUAUAAAAUCUUGCUUUUUGGGAACUGGUCCAUCAGUGCACAGUACAGUCUACUUUUUUUUUUUUUGGUACCAGGGCUCGAACUCGGGUCCUUGUGCUUGCUCAGCAGGCGGCGAAACCACUGAGCUAAAUCCCUGGGCCAGUACAGUCUAUUUUAAUGGAACUCUUCCUUAGAUAUUCUUAUGUGAGAUAUCUCUCAUUUUUAAAAGUUUUUAUGAAUUACUCAAAAUGUGAUUGUGCAUUUUAUUUUUAAAUGACAUCAUUUCUAAAUUUUUGCUGUUUUUGACAGCAAAGUAAGUUUGUCUUGGGGGGGAAAGAUUGAGUUACCAAAAUGAAAAUCUGUCUUGCCUAAUCAUACUACAUUUUCAUUUGGACUAACAUAAUUAACUUGAGAAUGUGACUUGUUUUUAUUUGUUUAUAUUUUGCUGUGAUUUUGCUGAUAGAAACACUGACAUUUAGAUUCAGAAAAGCAGUUUUUCUGAAGAAUAAUUUGGUAGUUAGUAGAACAUAGCCAACUUAUAAUAAAUACAGUAUCUCUUUGAAUAUUAAGUUAUGAAAAACUUGCAACUAACACUAAAUUUUGUAUUUUUAUCUAAACAUUACUGAGGCUAUAAUUGCCAGAGGCUAUUUUUAUUAUUUGGAACUUUAACUUACCAAAAAAAAUCAUUUCCCACUGUAACAGGCGUAGCUGCCAAAAUCAGAUAUUUGUUUUAGGGAAAGUUCAGCAUUCUCCAGGUGUUCACUACAACACAAUGUGCUCCCUUUUCAGGCAACACAUAAACAAAACCAUAUUUGCAGAGUUUACACAUUAAGAACAAUGUAAUGCCAUGUAAGAAAUUCUCCAGUGUUCCUCACAGAACUCUGGAAAUUUUGCAUUUUCUACAACAAAAACACUGAGCCCAUCUGUCAGCAUUCGGGUGACGUAGCUGUGUAAUUCAGUCUUUCUUCCAUACUCAAUAAGAGACUGGCUCUUGCAAACCAUAAAUUUUAGCAAUUUUCUUUUAAAAAAUAUGAUAUUUGAAAAAAAAGUAUUCAGGAUAUUUAUCCAAGAUGACUUAUUCUUAAGAUUCUAUUAAAAUCAUUGUAUUCUGAAUAUGGUUCAUAAAUAUAAAUUAUUACUUAUUUUAAAUUUUUUUUCACCACUAGAAAUUGAACCCAUGGGCUUACAUAUGCUAGACAAAUGCUCUACCACUGAGCUAUAUCCCCAGGCCUUGAAAUAUUUAUUUUAUAAUUAUUUUCCCCAUGUUAAAUUUUUUCCAGUGUUAAUAAUUGCUUGAUGUUCAAAAGAAUAGUCCAAAAUUUUUCUGGGAUAGAUCAGGUCCCUGGUUUUUCAGAUCAUUAUUAGCUGAAACUUUCAUGGUACUAACUGGUCAGAGUUAUGAUUUAGUUUCCGGAUGCCAUGAAAUCAGUGACUUUAUUGAGAUGAAAAUUGAUAGUCACAUAAGCACAUAAUUAUUAGUCAGCUAGGAUCUAGACACUGGGAAGAAUAUAAAGAUGUGUCCAAUAGUUCCUACUCUCAAAAAAAUUCAUGAACGAUUGUAAAUGUUUCAUUUUUGAGAGCUAAGCAGAAUCUCUAAGCCAAAACUAUUUCACAGUCUCCCAAACUUUGUACUCCUGAAAUUUGUCCAUUAUUAUUUAUUCAGUGAAUAUGUUGAUUUGCUGCAGAAUACCUAAUACUGCUUUGAAUAUUUUGCGAAGACUCUCCCUUAGAGCCCAUUUUAAAAUCCAUGAGAAGGUGAACCCAUUUCUAUUAUCAUCUGUUGUGUUCACAUAGGUGCACACAGGCAUAGGAAUGUACAGAUUUGUCAUCAACUAUUAUUAAGUACACUAUACCCUUCUACUAAGUGCUUUUAUAAAUUGUUUCUCUUAAUUUUCACAGUAGUUGCUUUAAGUAAAGAUCAUUAUUUCUCUUUUGUAAAUGAGGAAGUCAGAGUGGCCAAAUGGGUUGCCCAUGUCACAAUUAAUGCUUAAGAACAUCACUCUCUGAAACUAGAUCCUGAUCCUGCUAAGCCCUGAUCUUUUCUGUGGUAUCUACUUGUUUGAGGAGUGGUUUGCUUGUGCUUCUAUGGUAGGCCUUCUGAAGUGAUCAAUUGUAAUGAAAUCCCUGGUGUAAUAAAAUCAUCGCUAUUCAUUUAACUUUGAAUUGAUAGAGAUCACUACUAUGAGCUAGCAUGUUUGUGAGCACCAUAAUAUUUAGGCCCUGUUACUGUAUUUACUUUAAAAUGAGACAUUCAGCAGAGUUUAUUUCUUCUGGCCACUAACAGCAGAAGUUUGUGUCACUCUUCAAAGAACACAUAACUUUGCCAUAGAGGUGUUUUUGUAUGUGCACAAAAAAUGAUAAAUGUGAUUGACCUUUGUUUUACUCCAAGUAAAGCCAAAACCCAUUUAUAGGAGAGUUCCUUAUAAUUCAGACAGGGAAGGGGAUGUUCUAGGCAGAAGGAAUGCCUCUCUCAAGCCCAUAAACCGAUAUUAUCAUCGACCAGGUACUAAGUAUUGGUUUUAAGUCUGCCAGGGAGUUUGGUCUCACCUGCAAAUUUGGAACCAGCAAAUUAACAGUACUUAAUAGAGCAUUUUGUUAUUAUUGUUUUUGUUUUCCUCAUGAAAUAUGAUUGCUGUUGUGGAAAACUGGGGAAAAAAUACCAUCUUUAUGAUUCUCAUAGAAAUAGACUGUGAAAACAUUCAGAUUUUUUCUAGUUUGAUUAUAUCCACCAUUUAAUAUUAAAGAAACAUUUCUGAUUUUAAUCACUUCUGUUUAUCUAAAGGAAAGGUGUAUUUUGAUCUUUAUUUCUCUAGUCAAAAUAAGGUUGUAAUACUUAGCACAAAUUUUUAAAACUAUAAUAAAGGAAAUAAGUUUCUAAGCCUAGAGAAAAAAACAAGGGGAGUGUAUGAUAAUUUAUUGCAGUAUGAUAUUUUUAAAAGGUGCAUCGGGGGCCAGGGAUUUAGCUCAGUGGUUCUGGCACCUGCCUCGCAAGCUCAAGGUCCUGAGUUCAAUCCCCGGUAGCAAAAAAAAAAGAUGCAUUAAUGUUCGACCCUGGUACAAAAAAAAAAAGAUGCAUUCAUUAAAAAGUUAUAGGGGGGAAAAAGUUAUAGGGGAGGGGUAUGUACCUCAUUGGUAGAGUAUGUGAGGCCCUAGAUUCAAUACCUAAAACCAGAAAAAAAAUAGUUAUAAAUAUUAGCAAAUUUUCUAUCAAUCAGUUUAAUAAAUUUUUCCCAAAUAGAAUUUGUUUAUCCAAGAUAUAUCUCUGCACAUCCAUGGUAUGAUAUGAUGCAGAUAGAGCAUUGGCAAGGACAUCCCGAAAUUUUUUUGCCCUUAAUGUAUAAUAUUCAAGCAUUGCUAUUCCUCCCCUCUCAGAUCUGACUGAAAUGAUGUGAGUGCAUAGUUUUACAUAAGGCAAAGUGAUGGAGCUAGGAAAAUAAAAUUUUCCUUAUCAUCAAAUGGAACUGGGAUUAAAAAAAAAUAACUGCAGAUACCCUAUUAAUGGAUUGGUGUAUAUCUAGUUACAUAACAACAGGAAAAAAGGAAAUUGACAAACUACCAACAAUUCUCAGUUCAUUUUCUCAAAAUUUCUCAUGGCCCAGCUUUUGUAAGUUAUCAAAGUUAACUGAAGACCUGAUUUGGUAUUGAAGAUUGUAUUUCUUUAAAAGAUAGCAUUUUAAUACAUUAAAUUGAGUUUUAUGUAAUUUGUGACUGUUAAAUUAGAAUCAGAGAGUAUUAGAGCCCUAAUAUGAGCAGAAUGUUAAUUAUGCCACAGUAUUAAUGUAAAUCAUUGCCUUAUUGAAUUAUAAUCAUAGAGGGUAGCCCUGGGAAAGACUCAACAAGUCAUCUAAUCCAGUGAUUUCCAAUGCUGAGUAUAGAGUACUGUGCCCUCCUGGGGGUAGGAGGGCAAAGAGAUGGAGACAGUAAAGAGAACAUACCUUCAAAUACAUUCCCCCAUGACUCUCAUGUUCCCUAGUGUCCUGCCUUCCUUUGAGACUAACUAAACUGAGUUGCUGUUACCUCUGUUAGGUAUAUCAUUCAGGUGUGCUGGCUGGAAAAUAAGAUUGGAAACAUCUAAUCCACUCUUUUUUUGUAGAUGAGAAAACAUCCCCAAAGAGAUGAGAUCUUCUUACCUUGUUAGGUUGGAGCCAGGAUGAGAACCCAGGCACUUUCUGAUUUUCUGUCCACAUGUAAAUGAAUAAGAGUUUAGGAAGAAAAAACAACCCUACAUGGAAGUUAACCAUGAGUUAGAAAAGAGUAUCUUUUCCUUAUUUUCCAACUGUUAAUUUUUUUAAACCAUCAUUUUUAUUAGUAGAUUCAAGUUAGCAGUUUCCAAACAGGCUAUUUUUUAAUGUGAAAUUUCAUUUUUCACUGUGUAGUGUUAUAUCUUGAUUUUAAUAGCUUGUCGUUGUGAUCUGAAAUUUGUUAGGGUAAUCUCUAAACAUAAUUGUUUUCUUUGACUCUGACAAAUAUCUCUCAGCCUACCUCAUUUAUAUUUUGUCUUCAAUUAUGAAAGAAAAACAAAAUAUCCACAGUCUUCAAGUAUUUGAAUUCAAAUGAUAGAUCGUGUACUAAAAACUAACUUUUGUUUAAUUUGGUAUUUAUUGGACAUCCAGGUAUAUAACAACUCUAUUACUGGUUUUGGAUUCAGGCCAUAAUAUCUUCUUUUAGUCUACGGAAGAUUUUUUAAAAAUCGUAUUUGAAGGUUUUGAACAUAUCCUCAGUCAAGAAGAUCAAAUUUCUAAUUAAGAUGAGUCUGAAGUGAAUUUAUUUAGAGAUACUGAAGGGAAAAUGGUAGCCAAUUAAAGAGGCCUACAGCAGGAAGAUGUAGAAAUACAAAAUAUAUUUCUCACAUCCUGCUUUUUCUUCUGAAAAGGAAUUCAAACAUAAAUAUGAGAAAUUCCACAAAAUUUUAAUUUAUAAAUUAUACUUAGGUCGUAAGUGAAAAUAAGGUCAAAUUCUAGGAUGUUAAAAAGGGACAAUGUAAUUAUUUGUCUUUUAUGGAAUGCUGAAUUUUGCUAGUCUAAUGUGUGUUUUGGUAUUACACUGGAAUUAAAGAAUAUUUUUACCAUUAUGCAUUUAUUUCAAUAAGAGCUUUGAAAAUGCAUUGACAUAAUUUAUUUGUUUGUGAUAUAUAGAAUUAAAA